AUGAAUGCAUGGGUCGGGAUAUAUACCGAGGCGAAAAGGAAGAAGGGGUCCGGCUGCAAUGACGAAGACGUCCUGACUGAAGCCCGUGAGAUGUGGAUAAAAGUUCAUGGGCCCCGAUUUACAUUGGAGCAUGCAUGGAAUGUUCUGAAAACAAUUCAAGAUGCUAAAUUCUUUGUGCAAAAACCAGAUGCUACUGGAAGGAUGAGUGCAUCUAAACUACAAAAAUGCACAGCAGCUAUCAGGAUGUUGGCAUAUGGUUCAUCCUCUGAUGCUGUUGACGAGUACCUGAAAAUUGCUUCAAGUACUGCUAGAGAGUGCCUUUUUCAUUUUGUCGAAGCGGUUGUUGCUAGAUUUGGAGAUGAAUACUUGAGGAAGGCAAAUGCAAAUGACAUUGAGCGUCUCCUACAUGAAGGUGAGCGUCGUGGCUUCCCAGGCAUGAUGGGAAGCAUCGAUUGCAUGCACUGGAAGGAAGAAUUGUCCUUGGGGAUGGAAAGGAAUAGGUCUCCCGUCUUUGAUGAUGUCCUACAAGGAAGAGCCCCAGAGGUCAACUUCUCGGUGAACGGGACAACUUAUAACAUGGGUUACUAUCUUACUGAUGGUAUCUACCCGAGAUGGUCAACAUUCAUCCCCGCAAUAAAGCUCCCCCAAACCCCAAACAAAGACUAUUCACACAACAUCAAGAAGCUGUUAGAAAAGAUGUAG